AUGGUCUGCUACGCUGGGAAGCUGGUGCUGGCACCGAUGGUGAGGGCUGGUGAGCUUCCAACGAGGCUGCUGGCGCUACAGCACGGAGCAGAUCUGGUUUGGUCUCCGGAAAUUGUGGACAAGAAGCUGAUCCAGUGCGAUCGGAUUGUUAACGAAAAGCUUAAAACUGUGGAUUUCGUUAUCCCAUCGACUGGCGGAGCCAAGCCGGCGACAUUGGUGUUUAGGACUUUCCCGGAGAAGGAGAGAGGGAAGAUAAUCUUCCAGAUCGGGACGGCUACGCCGUCCCUGGCGCUGGAAGCAGCCUUGAAGGUGAUUAGGGACGUCGAUGGGAUUGACGUGAACGCGGGAUGCCCGAAACACUUCUCUAUCCAUUCGGGGAUGGGUGCUGCCUUGCUGAGAACGCCAGACAGGCUGUGCGCGAUUCUGGAAGAGCUCGUCGCCAAGGUCGGUAAGCCGCAUGGGAAGCCCAUCAGUGUCAAGAUACGGCUUCUGGACGAUGAGAAGUCUACCUUGCAGUUGGUGGAAAGACUGUGUUCCACGGGGAUCUCGAACCUGACGGUCCAUUGCAGAACAACGCCCAUGAGGAACCGUGAGGCGCCCAUCAGGGACUAUAUCCCAGGCAUCUACAGGAUAUGCCAGAAGAUGAGCGUCUCUUUGAUAAUGAACGGUGCCGUACGAGACAGAGGCCAUUUCAACAGUUUGAAAGAAGAGCUGCGGCUGCCGGGCGACAUUGGGGGGAUGAUGGCCGACUGUGCUGAGAGCAACCCUACGGUCUUCAGCGGAAACCCGCUGCCAUGGUAUGAAAGCUGUAGGCAAUAUAUCAAAAUAGCGGCGGAAUUCGAUAACCAUCUGGGAAACACCAAGUAUAUGCUCUCGAGAUUGGUUCCUGGUAAGAGCAAGUUCUUCCAGCUUUUUGCUCGAUGCAAGACAAUGGUUGAGAUCCAGUACGUUCUGAAUCAGCUAGGACCCAAUGGAGAGAUGUUGUUAGAUCCUUCUGCCUACAUCGAUAGUUGCAGGGAGCAGGAAAAGCUGCUCAAGCGGAAGGCUAACGAUUUGAAGUCACAGCAAAAGCAACAAGAGAAGAGGAGGAAGUUAGCAGGUAAUGUUGACUCGAACUUACAGGCAUGA